UGAGAUACAGAAAACGUCAAGCCAGUGUUUAUAGGAAAAGCAGAGAGGAUUCAGGUAUGGGGCUAAGCCGCUCCGCGCUCUCCCGGAGGGAUGGACCUCGUUAUAAUAACUCCGGGCCCUCUUACAAAAGCGUUAGACCGCUGCACAGUUUCGUCGCAGCUCCAGCGCUCCUCGUCGCGGAAGCAUGGACCCAUCACACAUCCAGACCUUGCUCGUGCAUUGCAGCGCUGCAGCUCCACGAUUGGCCUGUUCCCCCUCCGCAACGCGCGCGCAAAUUGCCGGGGGCGCAGCCGACGCGCUUCCUGCGUUCAGUACGGCCAUAAUCGCGGCAAAGGAAAGCUUCCAUUGAAGAAAUCGUAUGGAAAAGCAACGCCGCUUGCGUGCUGGUGCCGAGUCUUGACGACAGAGAUGAGGAUUACGAAUGAAACGCUGAUCCCGACAUGUUCGCUCCUGUGCAGUAGCCCGCGGAGACCGAAACAUCGAAACGAGGCUAUGCUCCAGCUAUCGUUGGAGUCAGCUCCUCACUUUCACGAAAACAGUUGUGAAAACGGCGUAGGAAGCCGGCGCGGUCCAACGGAACACGUGCAGCGGAAUACUGCCGCAAUUCGACAGCGUAAAAGCGGUCGAAAUUUCCACUUUCGUGUUUGCUGAGGUCUAUGUGGACACGAUGUCACUUGACAGCCGGCGCUGGACAGACCGCUGAAUAAUACUGAGCAAAGUGGGUCCUCGGAGUGGGACGCCACAGCCUUCCACUAGGCGGUGUCGGAUCGAUAGUCACAAUCAUUUGCAUCAUUCUGUCCACUUCUCUUUUCAGCUGCUGGACAGAUCAGCAUACUGACCCCUACAAAGCGUUAGGAGCUAUGCAUAAGGGACACGGUGGGGCUCUGAUUGGUUACAUGUGCUGCACAUGGCUUACAUCGGAAUACUUCCUGGUUACCUGCAAGGUCUCCAUGAGCUGACCUGAACAGUUAUCCACUCCGUCUCCUUAUCCAAGUAUGAGAAUAUCUCUCAUCGACACCGCCAUUUUUCAGCCUAGAGAUCAUAUCGAUCACUGCUUCACAAUCAGG